AUGGCCCCUUUCGGGGCGAAUGCCUCAGUACUCGACUCGUUCCUUACAGAGAUAGUGGACAGCGUCAGACACAAAACAGCACAACGGAUCACCGACCUGAUUCAGCUCGACUUUGAUGCCCUCAGCCCUGAUCGGCGGAAGCCAUACUCCGACCUGAAUCAAGAACUCAACCAGAAAUACCCGCUAGGCAGUGACGGUGCCCUGGUUGCAAGAUGCAAGCAAUCUCUACCACAAGAAGAGUUUGGAGUGUUCAGCAACUCAUUCUCGGAAUGUGUCAUCCAAUAUUUUCGGUAUCUCCGCGAUUUUUCAACGGCCGAUAAUCAGACGAAAGCCACGAAGAUCCGGCAAUUGACAAGCCAGUGUGUCAUUGCGCUUGGAGAUAGCACAUAUGGCAUCAUCAUGCUGCCUAUUGUGCUCUCAUUCUCGCGCGUGUUAGCGGCUGUUGCUACGAAUCUAGAUCGCAAUCCGUCUCUCAUACGAGACAGCAGUCUCAUACAAGCUCAAGAUGCGGAAGGAGGUUCAGGAAAGGUCAGCUUUGUGGAGGACGCGGCUAAUGUGCUGCGGGAGGCGUUUAUCAAAUGCCUGUCCGGCAGCGCUGGGGUGCAGCGCACGUCACGGCCUACUCCAGACGACAGACGAAUCGGAAUCUAUUUGACCGCAAAUUCGGCUCUCAAGCUUUUCAUGCGGUCUCGCAAGCUGCGCAAUGCGCAGCAGAUAUUCAACAGCAUUGAUGCGCAGUCCCCUCCGCUUUCCUUCUACCCUGCGGCACAACGAGUCACAUACCUGUACUAUCUUGGACGAUACCAUUUCGCCAACAAUCAUUUCCUACGGGCGCAACAGAUGUUACAGACGGCAUACGACCAGUGUCAUCGCCAGGCUGUGAAGCACAGGAGGCUGAUAUUGAUUUACUUGGUGGCAGCCAAUAUUAUUGUCGGCCGCUUCCCGUCACCAGUCCUUCUUUCACGUCCAGAAGCUGCCGACAUUGGAGUUCGAUUCGCGCCUCUGUGCAAGAUUAUUCGCAGCGGAGACCUUGGCUCGUUCCGCAAAUACCUCGACCUGACCAGCGACAGCGGCCAGUGGUUCCUGAAGCGGUCUGUUCUGUUCCAGCUGCGGAAUAGGUGCGAAAUCCUUGUUUGGAGAAGUUUGAUCCGCAAAUGUUUCCUUUUUGUAGGAUACAAAGGAGAGGAGAAGAAGGUACCUUUCUUGAAGCUGAACUAUGUUCAGUACGGAGCUAGGUGGGCGUUGGAUAGGCAAGACGCGACAAAAGUGGUCAAUGGGCAUAGCCCGGCUACAGAGAAAUACCUUGAUCCCGAGUUCGCGGGCAUGGACGAGGCGAUCAUGGAGACGGGCUUUGACCCAGAGACAGGCCAAUACCAUGACGAAUACAUCGGCCAGGAUCCGCCUGACGACGACGACCCAGAGGAGUCACCGACCUUGGUUGAAGUGGAGUCUGUGGUCCUCAGCCUGAUCCAGCAAGGGUUGUUGAAGGGAUUUGCUUUGCACGCAAUUCCCCGUUUCGCCAUACCAGGGAGCUCACACAAAGGUGGACCGUUGAACAGAGGUUUUCCUCAAGUCUGGGGCGUUAUAUCCAGCAGGGGCAAUAGGCUGUCGGUACCUGGCUGGGUAGAGGAAAAGAAUCUGGACGGACGUAUACAUUGA